AUGAAAAAAAGAUAUGCUGAAAAACUAAAUGAAGUUUUGUUCCCAAUAAUUCUCACGCAGUUUACAACAAGUUUUUCGAUAUUGUGCGUGACUGGUUAUUUACUAAUCAAGUCAUCCAUAUUAGAAACUCUUCGUUUCAUUAGUUAUGUAAUAGCUAUGUUGGUUGAAAUUUUCAUUUAUAAUUGGUAUGCCAAUGAAGUUUCAACGAAGAGUCUGGAUUUUAAUUUAUGUAUUUCUGAAAUAAAUUGGACUGCCAUGCAUGUUCAAAGUAUGAAAGAAAUAACAAUUAUGAUGAUUCGCUCGACAUCGCCAAUAGUUUUUUCAUGCGGUUCAUUAAUUCAAUUAUCUUUGACGAGUUUCAUGAAAAUAUUAAAAAUAUCAUACUCAGCUAUUAAUCUUCUUAUAUCAUCAUGA